UUGAAUUAUUUUAUACCGCGCACCUACUGCAGAACGGAAUCAAAAACACGAUUAUUUGUGCAGCACCGUGAUGCACUUCACCAAACCAAUAGAGUAAAACUCAUCGAACUCAAUAGAGAAUGGAUUCGUGUCUUCUUGUGGUGUAUCAAAUGUGUUCAACUCAAGCAUCACGUGAUACAUAUUGCUUUACUUGGACCUGGGUAUUCACUUAGAUAUACUUUCCGGUCUUUUUUUCUGCAGGCCGCGCAGAAUAUUUCCGAAUACGGGCAACGUUUAGAUCGACUCUGUCGCGAUAUUGCUAACCUCUGUCCCGAUUCAGCCAGUCGACGCGAUCUGUUGGCCUAUCUACAACGUGUCACCCUCCACUGUCACCAGUUGAAUAUCACCAGUCGGGUCAAAGCCGGAGUGCAGGUCGAAAAUUCCGCCGCCUUAAUCCAAGCCGCACGAAAUCUGAUGACCGCAGUUGUACUGACCGUGAAAGAAAGCUACAUCGCCUCGACCAAAUAUCGCGAUCCGGCUGGACAAAAUCGACCAGUGGUCCGAUGGCGAAUGCGUGCCCCGGCCAAAAAACCUUUAAUCACACCGGAUACCGAUUGGGAUGAAUUGGGGCCUGAAUUGAAUGAUGAUCACGAGGAAGAUGAGGAUGACAAUUUGAUCCGAUCCAGCCGUUCUCGAUCGGUCAGACGAUCGGAUGCGCUCAGUGAACUGGCUGAGUUUGAUCAUCCACUCACCCCGGUGCCGCGGUACGGAGUGCGCUAA